GCUAGGGAGUCCUGGGAAUGGUAGUUUAUUGUGGCAGCAGAGCUCUUUCUGGUAGAGAAGGUGAAAAUGUCUCACCAAAAGACAGUUCCCAGAAUUCCCUAGGAUUGAGCCAGGGCAAUUAAAGGGGACUCAGACUGGAUUAUUUCUGCAGUGUGUUUUGGACCCAUAAGAUGGCUACAGCUUCAAAUUCGGCUUCAAGGGUCGGUCUGAAACGCAUCCCCUCUGUGGGGAAAGGCUAAUGCGAAUGGAAAUGGGGUUGCGUGGUUGAGACAAAGGUGGAAAGAACAGAGAAUAAACUUGUUGGGGGGGGGGGGCUGUGAAGGCCAUCUUAUAAUGGGUUGAGCCCCAGGUGAGAAGACUGAGGGUGAGGGAGCAAGGAGGGAGUCCCUUUACGACCCCAACCCGCCAUUCAAAAGACCCCCUCAGCGGAGAGACGUCGACUGGGGGCCUGAGGGGCGUCGUCUUGAAAUUGGAGCCAAAAUUACCACAAGUUUAGCUGCGAGGGUCCAAAAGUGGGCAGGCAGCGAGCGAGGAGGAGCUCCCCCUCCCUCUUUUCUCUGUCUCUCUCUCUCUCUUCCCCCAUAACGACCACCGCCCUCCAACACAACCCACCCUCUUCCUCCUCAGUCCAUUCGCGGAAGGAAGCCAAGCCUUGGCCUCAAGUCGGGGGGCUUUGGAAGGAGGGAAAGUCGCCCCCCUCGUCCAGCUUUCGUCGGGUUCCUCAUAAGACUCCACCGCCUGGCGACCAUAUGCCUUAAAGCUGCGCCUACAGAUGGUCGGGAAAAGAUAGAAGCAGCAGCAGAAGAAUGGAGCAGGCGCCUUUCCUCUCCCUCUUGGUCGCCGUCGCCUUCUCCUUCUCCCUGAAACCGGUGUGAAAUGAGGGAAAUAACAAUCAUAAUUUUUUAAAAACCCACCCAAACAACUCGGGAGAGUCCUGGCCAAGGCGAGGCGCCUGGGCUCCUUUGCCACCGUUUUAAUCCUAUUAAUUAAAACGUUAACCUGAUUGGGUAGAGAGCGCUCUGUCCCAACAGGCGGAGGCUGCCUCGGCGUAACCUCCGCGGCGAGAUAAUGAGGGGCAAAGACUCCCUCGACUGAGGAGGAAGAGGCGGCGGCGGCGGCGGCGGCGGAGGAGGAGGAGGCAACAGCGACAGCGGCAGCAAAAGAGAGCGAGCUGCGCUUCCUUUCUCUCUCCUCCUUUUUCUCUAUCUUUCUCCCUUUUGGGGAGGGGGUCCUCUUGAAGGUGAAGCCAAGCAAGAUAAAACGGUGCGAGGAGAGGCUGGUUGGCUGGCUGGCUGCUCCCAAUGCCUGAGCCCUUCACUGGGUGAGAAAGAGCGAGCAAAGCGAGAGAGAGAGAGAGAGAGAGAGAAGGAGGGAAGGAAGAGCCUCGCCUCAGUUUUGGAGAGGAGCAGCGUCUCAAACGGCGGGAAGAAGGAGAGGAAAGAAGAGGGAGCGAAGCCACGGUGGAGGCGGCGUUGGUGGCUGCUUUCUCGGGCAACCCCUCAGCCUGAGUCCGGAGUCCGACCCCACUCAGCCGUAGCUCUUUCGGAGGAGCCAAAAGGGGGAAAGGGGAAGGAAGGAAGGAAGGAAGGAAGGAAGGAAGGAAGGAAGGAAGGAAGGGGGGCGGAGGAAGAGGAGGAGGAGUUGGAGGAGGGGAGCCCGCCGGCCGGGAGCAUGGAGCGGGUGCUGAGCCUCCCUUCCGACGAGGACUUGUUCCACAAGAGUUUCAGAGCCUCGGCCAAGAGGAUGGAGUCCGCCUUCCGCUCCCCGCCGGGCCUCGACCUGGUCCAGCCCCGACAAGCUCCCUCCUCGCCCCUCGGCUUAGGCUACGAGCCGCCGGACUCGGAAGUGCUGCUGAGGGAAAGCGCGGCCGGAGCGCUGGGAGGGAGCGGAGGAGGCGAGCCUUUGGGCGGCUCCGUCUGCCUCAAGUACGGGCCCAGCGGCACCAGCCGGAGCUCGGCGGCCGAGAGCAGCGGCGGGGAGCAGAGCCCGGACGACGACAGCGACGGGCGCUGCGAGCUCUUGUUGCGGGGCCCCGCCGGCGGCGGCGGCGGCGGCGGCGGCGGAGGAGGAGGCGCCGGGAUGGUGGUGGUGGGCGCCGGGGGAGCCCUGCUGAAGGGGCCCGAAGGUGGCGGCGCUUGCUCCAACAGCCACCACGGAGGCGGCACCGGAGGCGGCGGAGGCAGCGGAGGCGGCGGAGGAGGGAAGAAGUCCAAGGAGCAGAAGGCGCUCCGGCUCAACAUCAACGCCCGGGAGCGGCGGCGGAUGCACGACCUGAACGACGCGCUGGACGAGCUGCGGGCCGUCAUCCCUUACGCGCACAGCCCCUCGGUGCGGAAGCUCUCCAAGAUCGCCACGCUGCUCCUGGCCAAGAACUACAUCCUCAUGCAAGCCCAGGCCCUCGACGAGAUGCGCCGCCUGGUCGCCUAUCUCAACCAGGGCCAGGCCAUCUCCGCCGCCUCCCUGCCCAGCUCGGCCGCGGCGGCAGCGGCAGCGGCGGCAGCCUUGCACCCGGCGCUGGGGGCCUACGAGCAGGCGGCGGCGGCGGCGGCGGCCGGAGGGGGCUACCCCUUCAGCGCGGGCCUGGCCCCGGCCUCCUCCUGCCCCGAGAAGUGCGCCCUCUUCAACAGCGUCUCCUCCAGUCUUUGCAAACAGUGCACGGAGAAGCCUUAACCCGACGGGAGACCUGGACUCGCCCUCGGACCCGCCACAGCCUCCCUCUUCCUUCCUUCCUUCCUUCCUUCCUUCCUUCCUUCCUUCCU